AUGCAGCGACUGACACUGACCGCCAUCUUGCUACUAGCUUGCACCCUACCAGCCUUAUGUCACCAUCAGCGUGUAAACGUUAAGGUCCCUCCAGUGGACAUAGUGCCGCCACCUCCCAGUGACUACAGUGACGCAGCGAAUGAAACCUCCCGGUCCAUCAAUGAUCCUAUAGAUGCUCUACUGGGUGAUGAUCAUAAGGUAAUUGAUAUUGUGGAUGCCCCACAGGGAUCGGAUGGUGAGCCAGUGAGACCUGAUCCCGCAAACGACACAGAGGAUUCGGUGGAUGAGCAAGCGCCAACGGAGUCCUUGGAAGACACACAGGGAUCGGAUAAUACGAUAGUAAUAACUGAUCCCAUUGAUGUCAAUGAUGACACUGAAGCAUAA